AGUUGAAAAAUAAUAUAGACUUACACAAAAUGGUACACAAAAUGAAUUUUCAAAGUGUAUUUAUUUGUCUGUGUGUUGGUCUGUCCGUGGUAGUAGGACAAGACAUAGCACUCAAAGAACAGACAGAGGAAAAGUCGAAGUCAAAAACAAGACUUGUCUGCUUCAUGGAUAAAACAUGCGCCAGAAAAGACAAGUGCGAGUUACCUUGCGAAUUUAGAGAUCCAAGCGGCGCAAAAUCUGAUCAAGGGAUGACAACCAGCAAUUUUAUUGAUGACGAAUUUGAAGAGCUUUGGGAUGAAAUGCAGAAUAAAAUGAAAGGACUGAACGAUCACCAAGCGGAAUUGAUUGCCCAACAGCACGAUUUAUUGAAGCAACAACAAAAACUCGAAUUCGAAAACAGAAAAUUAAAAUCUCAGCAAUCAGACUUGCUCGAAAGACAAAAGGAUUUGGAAGAGGAAAAUGAAAGAUUGAAAACUAUUGCACCAGUAAACGGAGAUGACGAGGAAGUGCGAAAGAUGGUUAAAAAUUUGGAAAAAAAAAUAAAGGUUUUGACAGAGCAACAAAAGAAGUUGUCUAGCCAGCAGACUCGUCUCGUUGAACAACAGAACAGAUUGAUGUCGAGGCAAAGCAAACUGGAGAAAGAAAAUUCACAACUAAAAAGACGUCAAAAAGCAAUUGAAGCAAGAGGAUUUGGACCGACCACACCUUCAGCUCCCACAACAGUUGAAACAGUUCCCGAAAAGAUCGACCCAAGAGUAGAGAGCAAGUUGGAUGCGAUCAAGAAGGAAAUGCAAUAUAGAAUUGAACAGCUUAGUGGCCAACAACAGCAAUUACUGAAAGAACAAACGAGACUGAUCAACAGACAGAUGAGAUUGGAAAAUGAAAAUGAGGAAUUAAGAAAAAAACAAUCUGAACUAUAUAUUAAGCAGGAAGAAUUGGAAAAAGAGAACCAAGAAUUAAAAGCAAAUCUCACACACCAAACCACGGACCCUGAAGUCAAGAGAGAGAGAAUUGAAUCGCGAGGUCUUUGUGUGAUUGAGCACGGUGAUAUUUGCUUUAGUGUACUUGGGGACGGAAGCGACGAGUUGACCUAUGACCUUGCUCGGGAGAAUUGCAAAAUGCACGGAGGAGAUUUAGCAAAUGUUUAUGACCAAGAGCAUUAUGAGAAGCUGAAGAAAUAUUUCAUUGACAAUGACAUCGAAUCGGGAGUUUGGAUUGGAAUGACAUACAAUCCUAUUAGCUACAAAGCCAAGUAUACGAACGGAAAAGAAGCGAAAUUUGUGCUCUGGAAUUGGGUUUACCCUGCCAGUUUUGCGACUUAUACAAAAAUGUAUCUCUACAUUGAUAAAGAUCCUGAAAGCAUCUACAGCGGAAUGGUAAACCUCCCAGGGAAUUGGAAAUACCCAUAUGCACUGUGUCAGUUUGGAAUGUAGAUGAAAAAGAUUUUUUGAUACAUUGAGACACAUGGUUAUAUGAUCAAAACCCAAUUUUGUGUCAAAAGCAAAUUUCAUUGUGUAUCUGUAUUUUUCAAUGUGUCACAUUUUUAUUGACUAUAGGGAUUAAAUAUUGAGUAUCAUAUUUUAUGA